GAUACAGUUGCAGCUGUUGUAGCAAUUUGGCAGGUUGUUGACUUUUUAUUCCAAUUCCAUAACAAUAAACUGCGGUAGCAAUUUACCUGUAGGGAUCAGUAUGAGUUUUUCAAAAACAAUUAAAAUAUUUGUUUCUUUCUCUAUGUCUUUGAUUUUUAUGAUGGUUAUGAUCAGUUCAUCUGUUGAAGCAUACUCGUAUAUAAAAGGAGAGACUCCAGUGGAGGCGCACUGUCCUGGGGAAUACUGUGGGCGAAUCCGCCUGGACAAUGGCAACUGGAGCUCAUGCCAAUCCUGCCCGCGUGGAUACAGGGCGAACGAGAGCUCGUCGUGCGCGCUGUGCGACUCUGAGCCCACCUUCUACGACAGCAUGUACCUGGGCUUCAUGGGCCUGCUGUCGCUGCUCAUGCACUGGGUGUGCAUCGACCGGCACGCGCGCAGCGCCAGGUUCACCGUCGGUAUCGUGGUGCAGCAUCUCUCAGCUCUGGCCGAGUCGGUACUGGCCGCCGCCGGCACCCUGCUGCUAACGGAACCCAUCGGCUCUGUGAGGGUCACCUCGUGCCGCGUCAAAUCGCUGGCUGACUGGUACACGGUGGCUUACAACCCGACUCCCAACUACGAGCAGACGCUCAGCUGCACCCAGGAGGCCGUCUACCCGCUGUACAGCAUGGUGUUUCUGUACUACACGCUGUCGCUGGUUGCCAUGGUAACGAUCCGGCCGUGGUUGGCUGCGCGGUACCUGCCCGGCAGCGGAUCCAGGGCCGUGUUCACGGCGCUCUACUUCUUCCCCUCUCUGGUCCUCGUGCACGCCAUUUUCGCCGGGAUUCUGUACGAGAUAUUCCCAUACCUGGUGAUGGUGGCGUCUGUGAUCUCCGUGGCCGUGCACUACGCGUGCCAGCUGAACCAGCAGAUGCGCGCCCUGGUGCUGCACUCUGUGACGGAGCUGCGCAGCGCCGUCAUUGUCCUCGGACACUGGCUGCUGCAUGCCUACGGCCUGGUGGCGGUCACACAGCUGAGUCGGCCGCUGCUUCACUCUCUGAUGCUGCUCCUGGUACCGUUCCCCACUGUGUUUUAUAUUAUCACCGUGAGGUUUACUGACCCGGCGCGGAUGGGGACGUCAUAGGGGGACGGGGGGAUGUCAUAGGGGGAUGGGUGAUAUCAUAGAAGGGACAGGGUGGAGUGGGGAUGUAGAGAGUACUUGGUGGGGUGUGGAUGGGGUGUCCGAAUGACGCUGUGUGACAGGGAUGGGAUUAAAUGAGAUGCAGGCACGGCAUUGGACUUCAGCCGUGGAAACGUGGAUAUCCAGGAGUUUUGAAGAUCCCGGUUUUCCUUUACGUGUUUCGAUACAUCUAUUGGUAUUUUGUUAUUACACGUACAGCUCUUCAUUUACAGUGCAGUUGCAGUUGGUAGUAUGAUUACAGUGUUUCUUUUGGCACAAACAGAAAGCCAAGGUUUUGUCGCAUUGUGCUCGGCAUCGUAUCUGUUUUUACUUCAUGUCUCAUUGAUGUGUUUUUUUGCAUGCUACUAGAUGGCGCUGAAUUGGGCUAUAGGUGUCGCUACUGUGCCGCACUAAAGUCACGAUCUCGUGAAAAGUGAGCUCGGCUGGUGUGGAAGCCGAGCACGACGGCUGUCGAGCGCCAGGUGUCGCUCUCACUUGGACAUGCAUCGGUGCAAGAGAAAUGACGCCCUUCUGUCGUAUGAAACUCGUAACAGCGUCCCGUUAUCUGUCCUGCCAAGGGUGGAAUGUUGCGAAGCGCGAUGUGAGGGAAGUGAGGGCCGGGGUGCGAGUUACCUAAGUGUGGAACUACCCAGCGCCGAGCCGGCCGGAUGACGUCACACCACGGCCAGUGCCGGCGCGGCGGCAGACUGGCCGAGAUUGGCAUGGUCUUAACUUGGCGAAGAGGCAUCGGACGCCAAACUUCUGCUGCAGCUAUUAAUCACAUUUCAUGCGUUUCUUCCAUGUGUAUGAGCUAUCAAGUCCUUCGAAUACCUAAUGUGUAGGUGAGCGUACCUGCAUUUAGCAGUGUGUGCUAUAAGAUAAGCAACUGCUGAUUGAAUUUCUGGCGAGGGUUGGUGGAACGCUCUGUUUACAAAUGAGUAUCUGCCUACCUACCUAGUACCUACCUGCAGUGGCAAAUAACUGGGUCGCGGUCAGUUAGGCAUGACUCACGAAGUCCCUUAUCUUUUAUUAGACUUAUUAAGCCCAAUGUGCAACAUUUGCGUCUUUUCGCGUUGUAUCGGGUAGCAAAUGAGAAAAUCUGCUUCUUCCCCACAGCCCUCAAUUCAAGAAACCGUCCGUUUUCCUUAUCGCAUCAUUCCAGAACAUAAUUUUCAAACAUGGGUAUCUUCCCCUAAAAAAAAAACUGAAGCAGUUUCCUUCGGCUCCAAUGCGCCGCUCGCCCAGGGAGACGGAAGUGUUAUAUUCUCGGCGGUCCAGUCUGCAUUCUGCAGCACACUCAAACUUGGCGGACCCCCAGCGCACGACUGAACGAUUCGUAUUGUUGUGAGUGACUGUGACAAUUCACUGGUGGUUUCGGAAUAACUAACAGGCGGCGCAGCCCAGUGCCUCUUACAAUGAAUACAGUGGCGAAUGCACUAUUGCAGAGAAGAAAUGGAUUGAGCAGAUGCCCAACCUCGCUGUAUUAUCAACUAAACAUUAGGUACGCUUUACAUUUUAAUCAGGCAAUCAUGUAAACAAACGACUUGCGAGUUGCGACCCUUCCGCCUUACAUAACUCGGCAGAAUGCCCCUGAGUCGGCUAAACUACACUGCAUCUCUUCAAACCUUAAGUAUUUUACAAUUUACCACUCAGCUAUGCAACAGGCUUAUAAUUCACUGCUCAAGUCUCAACCCCUUUUUCCCUAUCAUCUUUUUUGGCACCGUCAAUCGCCAUCUGCGCUGCCCACUGUCCAGCAAAUAAUCCGGCCGUCUCCAGUUCUCUGGCAGGGGCUUCCAAACUCAAGCGAACUCGCCGAAGUUUCGCCAUUCAAUGCGCAGAAUCUGUACAAUUCAGUUUGAGAGCCUCUGGGUUGGCUCGGCGCGCCUGCGCCGCGCCGUUGGUCCGGCCAAGUACGCGAGUGACGUCAUGCUAUAAGCGUCAUCCCCCGACCAAAGUCACCAAUCAGAGCCCUAGAAUCGACUUGUAGUUCCACACUUAGGUAACUCGCGGCCGGGGUGGGGCUCGGUACCCAGCGAUUUCUGAUCGGAAUCGCGUGUUUUUUUUUGUAAUUCACACAGGUGCGCGAUCUAGGUGCGGCGCGAGCAAGUCUUUCAUGUGAGUUAAUUUAGUAGGCUGAACAGUGCUAGUAGCGUGUUAAUUAGCGUACCGUUCUGUCAACGUUGACUGCUGAUCCGUUUUCCGGUGUGUCGGAAUACACUACAUCCCCGUAAAUAA